CUGGUUAUAGACAACAUGUCAGCCCGCAUAGCCGCUUACACGGCUAUUACAUGCUCUAUCGGAGUUUUAGCCCUAGUUGGGAUCUUUUUACCAACAAUAUGGUCUAAGAUCAACUUUAUCACUGAUGAUCUGUACAAAGAUAUGGAUGAAUUCCGUGAUUUGCAAAACGAUAUUUGGGCUAAUGUCCAUGGGCAGAAAGUUGGUGACAGCAUUGUUCCAUUCGUCCGUAGAAAGCGCCAAAACGGAGAUCCAGGAGUUUGUCAAUGUAAUGAACAAAACGAUUGUCCUGCUGGCCCUGCUGGUGAAGCUGGAGUACCAGGACAGGAUGGAACUCCCGGAGUAGCUGGAGAGCCUGGUGCACCUGGUCUUCCAGGAAACUUCCCAUCUAUCAAUAUGGAUAACCAGCAACAAUGCCGCAUGUGUCCAGGCGGUCCACCAGGAGUUCCAGGACCUCCAGGACCACCAGGACCAGCAGGAGAAGGAGGACCAGACGGCCGUCCAGGAAAUACUGGACCAAUCGGACAUCCAGGACAAUCUGGAAAUAUGGGCCAUCCAGGAGAACCCGGCGGACCAGGAAAUAUGGGAUAUCCAGGAGAACCAGGAAAAGAUGGCAUUAAAGGCGGUAAAGGAGCACCAGGAUCUCAAGGAGAGCCAGGACCACAAGGACCUUCAGGAAAUAUGGGUCCUACCGGAAACAAUGGAAACCAGGGAACACCAGGAAGUCAGGGACAACCCGGUCCAGCAGGCGAACCAGGCCCAGAAGGCUCACCAGGAUUUGAUGGUCACGCAGGACAAUUCAUGUGGAUAUCAAACUUAAUAUUAUUAUUAAUAUUCUGUGAAUCAUCACAGCAAAACAGAAUUCUUGAGCAUUUCGAACAGAAACUCAACAGCAUCAAUGAUCGUGUAUUGCAAACUGCACAUACGAAGCCGUACCGAGGAAGGAUAAAGAGAUAUCGUUGUAUAGAAGAAUACGUCACUGUUGAUGAAUUUGGUAAUGUCAUUGAAGAUUCUGUGGAAGAGAGGAAGUAUUUCACAACUCGAGAGCCUCCAACUGUCUACGAACCUGUAACUCAUUUACCACCAAUGCAAAGGCUUUCGGGAACGUUUUCAAAUAGUAAACUAACAAAUCGUCUUCAUGGUGUAAAGUCCAUGAAUGCUGACAUAUUUUCUACUUCUCAAUACUCAAUGCCGUUACCAACGAACAAGGCAAGAAGGAAGAAAAAGAAGAAGUCUAAGUAUUCUAAAAGCAAACUGAAUAAAGUAGAGAUAAAAGGCAAGAAGUAUAUGUCUUAUCCUCCUGGCACGUCUCAUAUACCAUAUGUGACAGCUACUCCGAAGAUAAUGAAUACCAACAUAAGCAUGGAAGAUGAAUCGCAGAAUGAUUCUGUAAUUGAAAAACUCUUUUCAUUAUCCACCGUAAAGCCAACCGUCGUAAAGACAGAUCUACCGACCCCGACAACAGUGCUCCCUCAGCCCGUUCCAUCAACAGAAUCCAACCAAAUGUAUAACCAUGAUGGAAACAAGCCGAGUCCUAUACGUCCCCAGCUUAAAAACGCUUUAAUAAGACCUACACUUCCCAAGGAGUUUUAUGAUUACUACGCAAGAAAUAAGCCGAACAAGCCCCAUCAUCCAGUUCCUCCGGCGGUUGCAAAUAGACCAUAUAUGCCGACUGAGAUACGCAAAUCGCCUCAAAAAACGGAGAGUUCAGACAUCAAGGACCUUGGAGUUGAUAAACACCUGAAAUACGAACAAAGAGCCCCUGUAUCAGUUAUUCCUAAUAACAUAGUGCCGAUUUCGCAGCCGCAUCCACUGGCUUCUUCUAAGAAUCAUGGGCAAGGAGUACCCAUAUUUUCUGAAGAUCCUUAUGGGUUAAUUAGUUUCUCUCAGCGUAAACCGGUACGAGUGGAGCCGAAGUUAAAAAAACGAAAGAAAAGUGGAAAGUCUGCUCUACCUAAAUCUCAUUUCCACUCAUCAUAUCCAACUCCCAAAUCCGAAAAAAAUCCUUUGCCGCUCGCUCCACCUCCAACGAAUAACUCUAAGAAGAACUCACCUGCUCAGAUGAUGCCAUUACCAAAUGCUCCAGCAACGCCAGUUUUAACGCCUGAAACUAUGGAUAGAAUACGUAAAGAAAAUUGUGGUAGAAUACUCGCAAUGGCGACCCAAUUUGGAAUAUCCGAUAUCUCUGACUGGGCUCACAAAAAUUGUAGUUUCGUGAGAUCGUUUGCUCCCGGUGCAACGUGCCAGCAGAUUUUGAACUUUAUCGAUUCGUGCAAAAAUAGAAAUUUCUUUUAA